UAAGGUGACGCGUGUACAACAAAAUAGACUUCGAUUGAAGGCCAUUAAAAUUUUCCGGGCGUAUGCACGUGAUUUAUACAAUGCAUAAAAUUUAUUGAGCAACAUUUUGAAUCAGUUCAAUUUUGAACAGACUGAUUCGUAACAAACGCGACCGAAAUAUGUAUAUACAGUUUGAACCAACACUCGUGCAAAAUUAUAUCGUAUAUGAAAUGGUGUUAUUUUAGGUGAUUUAAUUUCAGCAAACGAGUUGGAAGUUUUCACAGCCGUAUAAUGUAAUCUGCGAAAAUGUAUCGUACAAACGGGCAACCCCAGAGGGCAAAUACUGAACCUAUUCAUCAAAACCGAGCAAAUGGAAGGCAACCUCCUCCUAUAAAUAUUCCAUUGACAGUUUCAGAGCAAUUUAGAGAAUCAUGGUUAACUGCUAUUAUUGGACUCAUUAUGUUUGCAACUGGCAUGUGCCUUUUAUUUUGGAACGAGGGAAGAGCGGUGAAGGUAGCACAUUCUUUGGACGAAGCUUUACGCAAUGUAGCAGUGCUUCCAAAUGUGAUGAAAUUAUUACCUGAAUAUGAAGGACGUUUGAUUCAUUUAUCAGGGCCCUUAAAGAUAUCAGAACCAUUAACUGAGCCCGACUAUGGUGUGAUUGUAUCGAGUGUGAAACUGAAACGCAGAGUACAGAUGUACCAGUGGGUUGAGAUAGAAGAAGAAAGGAACUUUGGAGGAGUAACAGAGGAAGAGAAGCAUUAUUAUUACACAACAGAAUGGAAAGACAAGCUUGUUGAUUCAGAUCAUUUCUAUAUUAGAGCUGGCCAUCAUAACCCGAAAGAAAUGCCUAUUAAAAGCCAAGUGCAAAUUGCAGAUGAAGUUAACAUUGGCGCAUUCACUCUUGGGACUGAAUUGAAGAAGAAAUUUAAUGAUUUUGUAGAAAUUACCAGUGACGAACGACCCGAGCGGAAAGAUAUUAAAAUGCACUCUGGUUUAUACUACCACAGCUCUAAUUUGUGGGAACCUGAAGUAGGUGACAUACGUAUACAAUUUUCCUAUGCUGGAAAAGCAGGAGAUGUAUAUUCCAUAGUUGGCAUGUUACAAAAAGGAAUUAUCGUACCAUACGUUACAACCCAUGGAGAAGAGAUUUUACUACAACAAAAACACAAAAUAUCUGUAGAUCAAAUGUUCCAUCUGGAACAUGUACACAAUUACUGGCGUACAUGGAGCAUUAGAGGGCUUGGAUGGUUAGUCUUAUUCUUGGCAGCGACGUGUUUGGCGAAUAUAUUGAGGACAGUGAUUCUAAAUUCAACAUUCUUGUGUGGAAUAAUCGCAGUUGAGUCUCUAACAAUGUCUGUAUCGAUGUCUAUCAGUUUACUAGUGAUUGGUUUUGCUUGGGUAUGGUACCGACCGGUAAUAGGCCUCUGCUUAGCAUUAGCAUCAAUUUUACCAUUCAUCUAUUCAACGUUGACAUCAGGCUCUCAGUCUCAGCAACGCGAUAGCUACAGAAGGCUGUGAACUUUCGUUGAACAAUUAAACUUCACUUAUGUAAAUACAUUAACUUAUAUCAUUCUUUUCUACUGUACCUCAAUGUGCUUAUUUUGACAGACAUUAUCGUCUCUCGUCUUAUUAAAUCCCGUCAAAUUGUAAAUUGCACAAUUUAUUGUAUUGUACCAUUGUAAAUUGUUGUAUUAUAUUACAUUUUGUUAUUGUAAUAAACUAUUUUGUAAACAUCAAA